AGAACGUGGUCUAUGGAUGACCCGGCCAGCACUUUAAGAGGCUGGCAUCAGCCCGGGACUUGCCCGUGGCCUCCAGCUCUCUUGGCCUGCGGGCCACGUCCUCCUUCUAAGCGGCUGCUGAGCUGCUGGUCAAGGCCUCACAACCCCCAGGCAUCGUCCCUUCCCCUUCCGCACGGCACAGGCACGACCACAACUGGGAUAGUGUCGCCGUGUGGGACAGUGAACGCCGCACCGCAGGCUGCUGACUCCUCCAGGGAGCUUCCGCAGAGCCGGCCUGGACAGGAGGACAGCGAGGGCUGUGGGCGCAAGAUGGAGUCGCUUGCGUCAUCCCCAACACAAAUGACACCGAUCCAGAGGUUGUCACAGAGGAUCCCCGGAGAAGCGUGCCUGGUAAUAAACUUGAGGAAAGAAACACAGCCCAGUGCUGAGACCAGAGCCGGCCCCCGCUGGGGCCUCGGGGACGCGGCUGGAAGGGCGCUGCCCGGGGCCCUGGGUUCUGGCUUUAGGCCGGGAGCUGUUUGGGCCGCGGGGCGUUGGUGUCUGGGUUCCUUCGUAGGGAGACUGGACACGAGUCACAGUGGUGGCCACUUGGGUGUGACUAGCGGGGCUGGGGCUCACUCGGUGAUGACAGGCUGUCUGGGCUUUGCCAGGGCCAGUGUUACUCCCUGCCCAAGCCCCAAGGCAGCCCCCUACUCAACUCUGGAAGCGCGGAGGGACAGCCGACUGCGCUGCCCCGGUCGGGGCCAGGAGCCCUCGGAGUGGACGGCCGAGACCGGGGGUGGGGGCCCCGCGACAGCUCCUCCCGACCCGACCCUCCGGACUGAGGAGUGGGGCCCCGGCUUCUGCUGGCUUCCGGCCUGGGGAAGUGGCCGGCCGUGCCCACGCUGGACAGAUGUCCUGAAGAGAUGGGGCUGCGGUCGGCGGCCCGGGCGGGAGGGCAGGGAAGGGCCUGGGCCCCGGGGUCUGAGUGCGGAGGAGGGAGGGGGAUGUAGCACAGGCUGUGCCGCAAGCAGGUGGGGAGCAGGCCGGGAGGUUUGGGGUGCUCACUUCCCUUUAGCAGAAGGCAGACUGAAGUCCUGAACAAGGGAUGCGGAUGCCUAUGGCUCUGUGACAGGGCACCCUUCCUCACCCAGGAUUGUCAGUGUCACCCGCCGGAGGUGCCGCUGCCUCCGCUGCAAUGGGAGGCAUCACCUCGCCCUGCCCAGGGGACCUGGUCUGGCUCCCUGCCCGUCACACUCCUCCUUCCUGGUCACGUGAGUCCGGAAGUUCCGGCCUGUGGUCCAUCCACCGUCCGUCCAUCCACCCAUCCAUCCGUCUGACAUCUGUCCAUCCUCCCCACAUCAUCCACCGUCUGUUCAUCCAUCCAUCUUCCAUCCACCCACUUAUCAGUGCCAAGCCCAGGGAUGCAGAGAUGAAGGGGGGGCCCCGCCCAUGCCCUGCGUGUGGCCCGAGCCCCUGGGGUCAUCUUUCUGUCCACGCCUGGAAGCUGCGUGUGAAGCAGUCUCCACAUCUCCGCUCCCACCCGGUUUACACAGCCCAUCCGGAGGGCACGCUGUCUGGGCGCCUCUCUCCGGCUGGCGCCACCUCCUUCCUUCUUGCCGCCCUGGAAAGUGGGUGCCGCUCCCCACCUCCAGAUGGGGAAACUGAGGCUCGGACUGAGCGCAUUUCCCUGGCUCCAGAAGGCUAAUCCCCAGCCUUGCCACCUGGCCCCCAAGAGCAAAGGAAACAAACCUACGCUGGCUUUUUGUUUGAUUCUGGGAGUCCUCACCUUCCCUAGCAAGCUGUCCUGGACUUCUGCUGUCUUUGGAAGUCUGAAAGCAGCUUGGGUGGGGGCUGGGGGUUUCCCACCUGGCCGGCCUGGGUUAGGGGCUUGGGCUCUGUGCCCUGGGAGGGGCGGCCCCAGCCGGCUGCGCCCCUGCCCAGUGCCCCAGCCCCGCCCGGCCCUCCGGCCUGACCCCUGGGGGAGUUUCCGGUCCCCAUCGCCUCACUUUCCGUGACACAAGAGGAAGUCAGCUGCCCAGCCUGGGUUUUCCAGGCAGCCUGGGCGGGGUGGGGGUGGAGUGAGCCCCCGGAGUGCACCAGCGGCUCGGGGCCUGCAGGACAGGGAUGCCUGCCCGGAGACGCUCGCCGGCCGCCGAGGGCCACACCAGGCUUUUUAAAAGUUGUUUUCAAGACGGUGGUGUGUUUCUCAGAGCACUGCGGGAGGCGCGGGAAGACGGCUCUGGCGUCUUAGGCCGGGAAAUCUCACCGUCACCCUCACCCAGUCCAGGCUGGGCGGCCCCUCUCCCCGCCCGGGCUUUCUGGAAAGCGUGACCUUCCCCAGAGGAGACGGCCUCGUGCACAGUGGUGUAGCUGGUGUAAGCAGGCGUUUGUUUCCACGUGAGGAAAAGAGGUGGCCCCCGGUGAGAACCCGGCAAGCAGGCUCCGCGCCCUGGGGUCUGCCGGACGUGCAGCCAGCAUCCGUUCUGCAGCCGCCGCAGCUGCGAGCCGAAAGCCAGUGGGCAGCGGAGCUUGGGUGUCACAGCCCCAGCCGCCUGCCCUCGAGUGCCUGUCCCUGGUCACCACGUUACGUCUCACCGCGAUGGCAAUCUCCGGGCCCACUUCAUACAAACCGGGCAGGUGACCAUUGUUAAAAUCCAGGGGAGAAAGGGAAGUAAGAAGAGUUAAGACGUGUUGUUCAUGUUAGCUCCCGCCAGGGAGGGGGCCGUCCUGUGCGGCAAAUGAGGGCUGAUACAAUCACAUGGAUGAAAACAGAGAACUUCCGAAGCUACCGCGCAGAACCCCAGCGCCGCUGGCACAUGAUGUAGCUCAGCACCGUCUUCCCAUCCGUAAAAUGAAAAUAACGGCAGGCCUGCGCCCGACCAGUGAGGACGUGCUGUUCUGCUGCUAAUUACACAAGUACACACUGUGUGCAAGUAUUGGAAACUGCACGGAUCGUCACAGCUCACCCGGAGAACAACAGCACCCCUACAGCACCGACAUCAACUCUCAGAAGGGAUGUUUCUUCCUCUCUCUCCCUCCUCCCACAGCCCAGCCACUAAAAGGGAGGCCUGCACCUGUAUUUAUUCACUGAUUUUAUAAAAUGGGACCCUCUUGUACUUACUACUAGGCAACUGCUUUUUCCCACUUUCCAGAAAGCGGUGAAUGGCUCUCCCCGUCAGCACCGGGGGCUUAUGGCGUGCCUGUCUUUCUCCCUGCUGUCCGCCUCCCUGCCGGCGUGAGAUGGUGUCUGCGUCCUCCUUGACCCGUCCGCGGUCUGCCAGGGCCGGGCUCGCCCUGUGGGGAGGGUCUCCCGCCGUCAGCCCCCCUCGAGGCUCUGCGGUGCUUCGGAGGUCUGCAGUUCUGAGAGAUAAUGUUUGUGUGAAGAUUUUUAGAAAGUGGCCGAAUUGGUGUGAUUACCUUUCGCCCGGCUGCUUCCGUUCUGGGUGUCCCUGACAGUUUAGCUUUUACCCAUCCCAGAGGUCUGAAGUACCUAAGUGUGUUUUAAAUUUUUAUUUUUUUAUUUCUUUAUCAUUUUAUUUACUUCUUUAAUAAAAUAUUUUAUUUUCUGA